AUGGACCUCAUUCGGAUAGCAAAUCCAAUAGCAAAUCGUAAACAACGCUAUUCAACUAAAUAUUUCGAGCAGUAUCGUUCAGCGGGUUGGGCACGAGCUUCUGCCGGUGAAAGUGGAAGUGAUUGCACAUGGGUUGUGUGUCGGUUUUCGCCUCAUAGCGAAACUUUGCUCUAUCUUGGAGAUGAUGAAGGGAACAUUGCCAUAGCAGAUGUGGCUCCUGUUGUUGAAUCUGAUCAUGAACUUGGAACUACGAUCUUGCAACAUUUUGCUGCACAUGAGGCCACUAUUAUGGAUGUUGUCGGUGUUCCAAACUGUCCUACUCAGUUACUGUCUAUAUCAGGGGAUACAACGGUUCGAUUAUGGGACCUUCAUUCUCAACAAUCCACUCUAUACUUCGGUCAUGAGAUGUCCGUUCGUAGUGCAUGUUUUGCGCCAAAUAAUAGUCAUGUUUUCGCUACGGGUGGACGUGAUGGACAGAUUCGUUUGUGGGAUUCUAGAACAAGUACUUUCCAAAAACAGGGGCAGCAGUUGAAGAAACCUGUGAAUAUAUAUAGAAAUGCCCAUGUUAUCAAAGAUUUUCGUACUCCACCGAAGAGAAAAUCAACACCACUGCGACUAUCGAAUCGUUUGGAAAAGGUGGAACCUCCGAGCGUCACUAGUCUUGUGUAUGCAAAUGAGUAUAUGCUGAUUUCGGCAUCUUCUAAUGCUAAAAGUGGCUUGAAGAUUUGGGACACUCGAAAAAUUGCUGUCAAGGAAGAAGGACAUGCACUAUCUGUGUUGGAAGUCCCUAUAAACAAAGAUGCUGGUGUCACAUGUCUCUCUCUUGAUCGGUACGGAAGUUCGCUAUUUGCAGCCGUGACAGAUAAUUACGUCUACGAGUACGGCAUCCUGACCAACAACACUAAACCUAUUCGACAUUUUGGUGGUGCAUCAAUAGAAUCUUUUUAUGUGCAGGUGCAAGCAUCUCCUGUUAGCGAUCACAUCCUUUGCGGCUCGAAGAAUCAGCAAGCUGUGCUGUGGGAUUUGCAGGACUUACACAACUUUUCGGAUGAGCACAUGUCUUCCGCAAAACAAGGUCGAGCUGCAUUCCCAAUGUUCACAUUAAAUGGACACGAUUCUGAAGUGUGCUGUGUUAGUUGGAGUCGCGCCGGGAAAUACAUCGCUUCCAUGGAUGAUGAGCAUUUGCGUAUUUGGAGCGCUGAUACUGUCAAAUCGCGUAAUAAGGAAAAGGAGCCGAACUCGAAUCUGGAAGGAAUGACACCUUAUCAGUUGAAAGAAUCUGAAAAGACUAUGCUGCUCAUGAACAGAAUGUCAAUCGCUCAGUGUCGUCCGGAUACGAGUGCUCCUGUUAGCAAUACUCCGUCUCGUAAAAGGAAGGAGCCGUUCGCAAGUCCUAUCAAACGGUUGAAAACGCCUACAAAGUCUCCGAAUUCAAAAAUAAUGAAGCUAGCUUCUCCCAUUUUACCGCUAUCUAACAUUACGAACGCUACACCAAACUCUCCAGACUCUUCAAGUACGUCGACACCGUUUUCACAGCGAAGGAAGCGACGAAGAAGCGCAUUCUCCUAUAGAUAUCCCACAGAGAAUCUACCAAAUAAAGUGUACGAACGAUUCGUGGCAAAGUAUAGGGCCAAACGACUGGCAGAGAAUCAGCCGUCAGAAAGCCCAAACGCUUCUCAAACACUCAAUAGCACUAAGAAGAAUAUGGAUGAUUUCUGUAUACGCAGUAGUGGUGGGAAAAUGGAGCUAAGUAAAUCAGGAAGAACACGGUUACCCAGUGUCUCAGAGUUUACUGGCUCUGUUUGCUCUAAAAUGCUCACAGAAGACGAUCGUGCUCAUCAAAAUUCUCCUCGGAAACUAACAAUUAAAUUGACUCCCUUAAAGUCAAGACCAUUGACACAAACCAAAGAACAAUCGAGUAUUCAAAGAAGAUCGAGCCGAAACUUACUAGAUUAUUUCUCAAAGAAGUGA